GCGCUUUGUUUUGCAACGUGAUGACGCCACACGGAGAUUACAGGAAGUAAUUUGAAUUUACACCAAGUAAACACAGCGCGGACUUAAUGCUGCUCAGCUACACCAGAAAAUGGGUGUGAAGGGUCUUCAGUCCUUUAUGGAGCGCUGCUGCCCAGAAACCUGUGUGACAGUGAACCUGAGAGAGAUGGCCAGGCAACAUGCUGCCAAAAGCCAGCAAAGCUCCACAACCACAGCUAACACCACCACUCCCGCUCUUGUUGUGGAUGGUAUGGCAUGCCUGCGUCACUGGUACUCGUGUAAGGACUGGGUGUGUGGCGGCCAGUGGAAGGAAUACAUGGAUGUCCUGAAGAGAUGGGUGGAGGCUUUUAAUUCUGCGGGCAUCAGACUGGUCUUUUUCUUUGAUGGAGUGGUGGAAGAGCAGAAGAGACAGGAGUGGGUGAAGAGGAGACGCAGAGUGAACGGGGAGAUUUCUAAAAUGUUUCGCUACAUCAAGCAGCACGGAGAGCAGCCUGGUAGAGAGUUAUUUUGUCUGCCCUCUGGUCUAGCAACAUUCACACGCUUUGCUCUGAGUUCCUUGGGUCAGGAAGUGUAUUGCUCAGUGCGUGAGGCGGACUAUGAGAUUGCCAACUACGCUCGUCAGCAUGGCAGCAUGGGUAUUCUGGGGCAGGACUCUGACUUUAUCAUUUAUGACAGUGCCCCCUACUUGUCUGUGACCAAGCUGUGGAUGAAAGGCCUCACCACUGUCAUGUACGACCAGCAGCGGCUCUGCCAAACCCUUGGACUGUCUGUUACCCAGCUACCACUGCUGGCCUGUCUCCUCGGUAAUGAUGUCGUGUCAGAGGAGCGAAUGCAGCACAUCAGGAAUACUGCCAUGGAAACGUCCAGGAAAAACAAUCCCACACCACACCCUGGAGCUCCUCAGGGGCAGGUGGUGCUCGCAGUAUCCCAACUUGUCAGCUCUUUGUGGGGCAGAGAGGAGGAACAAACUAGACUUGUCCCACGGUCUCUAAAUCUGUCAGCUCCUGACAGAGAGCUCCUCGUGAGGGGAGUUUGCUCCUACCUUUUACCUGGACAGAGACCUCUUGGGCUAGGUGACGUUUCUGUACUUCCCUCUGCCUUUGAAAAACAUGUGAGCCCAGAAAUAUUAAAGGCAUGUAGAGAGAAGCAUGUAGCAGCAGAGGGUUUCAUGGUUUACAGUGUUGUGUGUGAGGGAGUCACUGAAUGUAGCAAUACUCUGGAGGACGAGGAGGACGCUGAUUUGCUACCUCAGGCCCUCGUCUACAAGCCCUGCAGACAACGCAUCUAUGGUCUGCUGCUGCUCAGGCAGGAUGGCAACACUGUGAAUAUUCCAGCAAUCAAGGAAUGGUUUGUCUACCCUGGAAACCCUUUGAAGGAGCCUGACAUGGUCCAGCCUGUCCCAGUCCGCCUCCCAUGUGAACAACCCACCCUGGACUUACUGUGGUUUAGCACUGGUCCUGCGGUUUCUGCUCUUCGCCUGAAAACCUUCCUUUCAAUUUUUGACUGCCUCGACAUCUCAGACUUGCAUGGAGCCAUUGAAGACUCUCUCCUGGCUGCUCUCUGUCUGGUCGCGUAUAUUACACUGCAGGUACAAACUUUGUCUCAAGAGGACGUGGAUGCCUACCUGAGUCAGGCUGUAUGUCUGAGACUAAAAUCCCCGCAGGAGCUUCAGCAGAUUGAGCUGCCUUUCCUCUCCAGUCGUGCGGUGCAGCUGGGAUCUCUCUACAUCCGAGGACUGAGCCACCUGCUGGGUGCUAACUGUGCCAGUGGCUGCCCGCUGCCCAACGCUGCCCUGAUGCCUUGGCACAGCUUCGAUGGACGUCUGUUCCACUCAAAGUACCUGCUGGCGCACAAUGGCACAGAGAAUACUGAGCUGCUGGACAGCAAUCCGUCCUACCUGUCUACCUUUCUCCAGCUGAGGGAGAAACUCACAGAAACCUGCAGGAAGAGAGGCAGAGUCCUGCAGUCCAGACCCAACACACCAAAGCAAAGUCUUAAAACCACAACAGGAGCCACUUACAGAGACAGGCAUGCAGGUCGGGCUCCAGGUGGUGAUGAGGGCUGGAGGGGAGGAAGAGGGACGACGGGAGGUCAUCGACAUGAACGAGGAUGGAGGGAGAGAGGAGAGGAAAGGAGAGACCGAAGCCAGUAUGAAAACAGAGAGAGACUGUGGGAAACAGGAGGACACGGAGGAGGAGGAGGAGGAGGCCAGUAUUUUCAUUCAUUUCAGUCAAACUACCAUGAUGGAGGAGCGCAGAUCAUGAACCGCCCUCCAAAACAGUCCAGAGGUCGAUCAUAUCACAACAGAGGAAGAUACCAGCUGGCUCCAAGAUGGCAGCAGCCUCCAGCUCCAGGAACAUAACUCAACCCUGAACAGAGAGCAGGCGAGCGAAGGAUUAGAGAGGAGGACUUUAGGGAUUUAGGAGGAUGGGAAAGACAUCAUGAAAGGAGGGAAAGAAUCAAAUUUCUCUGAACAAACUGAUUAGUGAAUGACCCGUCAGGAAUGUUUGUCCAAAGGAUGCAGUAGAUGAAAAAAUGGGGAUUAAGAGGAGGCCAAAUGAAGAGAUUAAGAACUUUUCAUCUGAUUUGCCAGUUUAGCCUGAAUUCGUCUCCAAAUAAUCCUGUGGAGACACUUUUGGAGUCCAUCACCAGCUUCUGCUUUAUCCCAGGACGACGUACCUGCUUUACUGUGACAGAAAAUCAAGUAUGAAGGAGAAGCCAUCAAACAAACACAAACUGAGCCACUUUAAAGUUGCACUGAGAAGUGGAUUAAGCCUGUUUCCAUCUCUUGUCUUUGGCAAUAAAAAGCCAAAGAUCUUAAAGGCUGUGUGUAUCCAGAGGGAUAAUCCUUUUAGAUGAAUGGGUUUACUGAGAGAAACAGUAGAGCUGGUAUCGAAUAUCAAAUGAAAUAGGACAUCAGUGCCUCUGAUUAGUGCACCUCUGUAAUGGGAUGCCAUUUGGGAUGUGUCAGAAACAAAGUGAGGCCAUUGGAGCUGCUGUUUUUCACACUUAUAGGACUGCCAGUCAUCUGUAAUUAAUAUUAAUGGAGAACGACAUAUUUUUCUUUUCUUUUUUUACUGUGCAAAUACAUCAGGUGUGUUUGUAGAAGCUUCAAGUUGCCAAAAUGUUUAGUUAUAUCUUCUGUUUUUAUUAUUUUUAAAAAAAACUCUUUCAACCAUUUUACAUGUAUUUUCAAAUGUUACGUGUUUUUACCUACAAUAUUAGAAUUCUAGUGGAUCUUGCAUCUGCACUGGAAAAAAUGGCCCUCUCAAAACAAGAAAAAAAAAUGUAUUUCAAGGAACUUUUAACUUGAAAUAAGUGAAAAAAAAUCUGCCAUUAGAACAAGUGAAAAGAGGGAUGUGACAUUUUGACUAAAAAUAAGACAAACAGGCUUGGUAAGAUUUUGAGUUUUUGCAGUGUGAAAGGCCUUGAUAGUCCCUGAAACCGUUAACUUUAAUAAUUCUCAUCUCACACAUAGAGACAUUUGUGAAAAUGGUGAAUAAAACCUGAAUCAUUGAGUGUUUGUUGUAAAAAUC